AAUACUAUAUGUGCAACGAUUCUGCACUCACGUUCAUCUCUACGACCUGUUCAGAUGUUUGCUUAAUCCUCCCCGUAGCGCUAACAUCAACGUCAAGUCAAAGUUGAAUGACGGCGCACUUUGGAUACACCGCGCUAUGGUCGGAGAUACAACGCAACAGUGCUAACUCGCAGGGUACUGGUCGUGUUCGUACAGCUCGCGACGCUGCAAUAUCACCGCCUUCCCGGCCUUUGCAAAUGACGCCGCACGGAUUGUGCGCAGCCAAAUGUCUAAGUGUGAGAGGAAUUGAGAUCUUGAGAAUGUAUCCACUUGCCUUUUCUUGUAACAGAUCUCCCAGACGUCGGGAAGUGCGCAGCAAAUCGUCAGAUAUACGUCCGCUGCAAAUAUCGUUAACGAGAUUGCAAUGUAGAAACGGUCUCCAACGAUACACGAAUGGCGAGUCGAUAUGGCCUUAUCACGAUGUGGGGGACUGGCAGCUCUACCAACUAAUGCCGCUAACUCACAGUCCGAGGAGGCCGUUCAGCACACUGUCUCACGAUCGGUGUCCCGCAGCUGCACAGCACAACGAGGAACUUCCUGAAACGGUUAAUCGGCAGAAGCCGGGGUCGAAGUUACACACGCUAGCAGUGCAACCGAGACGGGCAUCGUGAUUGAUCCUACGCUCCAGUGGCUCUUUACUCUCCCCUUCGAGGUAGCUGGUCUGUCUCACACACUGUUCCUUAUAUUUAAUCCACUUGCUUUGGUCGAGUUUUGCACACUUCCACUCUACGUUACUUACCUCAUUACAACCGCUAUCAUGCCCCAACUUCGCUUCCUAGCUGGUCCAUCCCUCAAUGACUUGUCGCCUCUCGAGGUUAACUCGGACGUCCCACUACACAUCAAGUCCUCCGGCUUCGAAGGGCAGGUUGCAUUGUAUCUAAAGGGAUUGGGCGACGAGGGACGAACACACAGUCCCUACUUUGAUCACCAAGACCGCAAAGGGAUCACAUGGAGUAUACAGAUUCAAGGUCGCUUCUUGCAAACGCACUCCGCAGACGACAUUAUCUUUGGCAACGUCUUCGACAGACCGCUUAAGCUUCCUUGGGGCUUCGGUACGGCAUUAAAGUUUAUGAAAUAUGUUGACCCCACCUUGCAAGAAGACCUCGCGUCGAAGUCAAGACCGUGGGCCAUGUCGCCGUUCAUUGCCACCAUGCCACACAUACACCACUCUCGGUUAGAUGAUGGCGACGAGCCGCCACAGUUCCCCGCGCCGUACAAGCCCAUCGUAGAGAACAUGACACGGAUUCGGACGAGAUGUGGUACUGCGAGACGGCUUGAAGUAACACCUCCGUCGCACAGAAAACAGCGGAAAGCUCAUUUCAAGGAUUCCGAUGUACGCCGGGAUGUCGUCUUCGGUCCGAACGACCUCAUAUCGGCGGACUUUUGCCAUCAUUAUCUGGACUUCAGUUCGGAGAGCAUCAUUCUGCGUCUGCCAUGUGGCCUUUCGAUGGACCUGCUCAAGUACUGGGACGGGCAACCCGUUCGCUUUGUCUGCUGCGAGCGAGCAAAAGGCAAAGGCGCGGACAAGGCGCCUUGGGGAAAGGUCCUUUUCUGCAUCGCCAUGGAGAAGGCAGAGGACAGUGACACGGAGAAGCCGGCUGUGCCGUACCGUUUUUGAUAUUUCUCAUUCAUACCCAUAGCUGUAUCACCUCUCGAACGAUCACCAUUCCUGUCUUUGCGUAUUCAUAGCAUUUAUCUAGCACUAGGACAGUUGCAUGUACUGAAACGGACACGAUCUUAAUGUAGCAUAAAGCUAUGCUAUCCUUGGGUCUAAAAAAACCUGACUUCAAC